GUUUAUGUGCAUUUGUAUCCCAUACCAAGAUGUCUUCAAAGAGAAAGAACCCCAGUUCAGCCGAAGGAAGUAGAAAGAAGCAAAGGAAAGUAAUCAGUCUCAAUUUGAAGAUGAAGAUCAUCAAAGCAUACGAGGCCGGGAAGAAGGUGACUAAAAUAGCACGAGAAGAAGGCCUGGCCCAUUCCACCAUUUCUGCUAUUUUGAAGGAUAAGGCAAGAAUCAGAGAGGCGAUGAAAGGAUCAGCAGGAAUCAACACAACUAUAAUAAGGCAGCGAAAAGGCCUCAUCCAUGAAAUGGAAAAACUCCUAAUACUUUGGAUCGAAGAUCAGAUACAGAAGAGGAUGCCGGUCAGCCUUCUUCUCAUCCAGGCUAAGGCACGCAGCAUUUUCACGAUGCUGAAGGAACGAGCAGGUGAGGAGUGCACCGAAACAUUUACUGCCAGCCGUGGCUGGUUUAUGCGGUUUCAGCAACGAUUCCAUUACCAGAAAACACACACGUCCGGGGAAGCUAAAAGUGCUGACGAGGCAGUUACCAAACGUUUUCUGGACGAACUUGAUGAUACCAUAGCAGAAGGGAACUAUUUGCCCGAACACAUAUUCAAUGUGGAGGAAACUGGGUUGUACUGGAAAAGAAUGCCGGAGCAGACCUACAUACACAAAGAGGCCCAAGCAACGCCUGGACGUAAAGCGUUGAAGGAUAGAGUAAGCUUACUAUUGGGCGGAAAUGUCGCCGGAUUGAAGCUGAAGCCAUUUCUGAUCCACAAAUCAGAUCACCCUUCUGUGCUCCAAAACAUAAGCAAGGACACCCUGCCCGUUUAUUACCGAUCCAAUUGGAAGGCCUGGAUGACACUAGUCCUGUUCGAGGAUUGGUUUACGAAUUGCUUCAUUCCCCAAGUAAUGGAAUAUUGCUGGGAAAAGGGAAUUCCUUUUAAAAUUCUGCUGCUCCUGGACAACGCACCGGGACAUCCCCCACAUCUCGACAGCCUCCACCCCGAUGUGAAGGUUGUUUAUCUACCCAAAAACAGCAGCCCUCUCCUACAGCCGAUGGACCAGGGGGCCAUCUCGGCAUUCAAGGCGUACUAUUUGCAUGCAACGUUUGCCAAAGCCGUAGCCGCAACACAGGAUGAUGGGGUAACGUUGCGCGAGUUUUGGGAAGGCUACAAUAUCCUCCAUUGUAUUGAAAACAUCGCAGCAGCGUGGCAGGAGGUUAGUGUGAAAUGCAUGCAAGGGAUUUGGACCAAGUGCUUAAAACGUUUUGCUGCUCGUGUAAAUAAUUUUGAAGGAUUGGACCAAAAUGAACAUUUGGAUGAAAUAAAUACGAAAAUUCUGACACUCACGAAAUCCCUCGAUUUGGAGGUUGAUGCUGAAGAUGUGAAAAAUUUGAUAGCCUACACUGAGGGAGAGCUUUCAAAUGAAGAUUUAAUUGAACUGAAAGAAGAAUUGGAAGCACAGAUGGUUGAGGAAGAAGAAGAAGAAAAAGAGAAAGAAAAAGAAAAAGAAAAAGUAGUAGAAAAACAAAUUGUAGAAGUUAAGCCCAAAACAUUCAGUGUGAAAAGAUUGGCUGGUGUUUUCACGGGUGUUAACAAAAUUUUAUCAGAAUUAGAAAGUAUGGAUCCAAAUGUAGAACGGUUUAGAAAGGUACAUUGGGAAAUGCGUGAAAUUUUGAAGUGUUACCGUGAAAUAUAUGAAGAAAAAAAGAAAAAAAUCGUGGAAACCAAGCAGAGUGGGUUCUAUAAGAAAGUUACUCCUUCCCCAGCUCUGCUUCCCCCCCUAUUGCCCUCCCCAUCCACAGGAGUAGAACUCCCCAACGAUCCCCAGCCAUCAACCAGCUAUGCCAGCGUAUCCGACGUUUCUGAAAACACAGAAAAAAAUGAACCUUUCGAUGGAUUUAUAUCCAAUUUUAUGUUUACAGAAACCCGAAAUGAUACGAUACUAAAAUCUCCCAAAUUGGAGGAAGAGGCCUUGGAUAUUGUGAAGGUGAAGCUUCCCCUGGAGAUGAAGCAAGAGAAUGAUGGGGAGGCCAACUAG